UACACGUCUAUAUUCUAGGCCGGUUCCUUAUUUUAUGGCCGCCCUUGCCUGCGCCUGAGCGCUGUGUUGUGAGCUGUCAGUUCCUCGUUUCAUAUCCAUCUUUGGGAUCACUCUUUUUCAAAGGCAGAAUGAAGCUGCUUACGCACAAUAUGAUGACAUCAAAGUGCAUCAAGGGUGUUAACAUUGGUUUUCCUCUUGGCAUCGUGGCUAGCCAAACAAAAGUGAUAUCAGUUGAUUUUAAUCCGGAGUUCGUGUGUCGCAUGAUACCGAAGUUGGACUGGGAUGCCCUUUACCAAGCAGCCGAAAGCAUUGGCUGUGCUUCAGAAUUGCCUAAGACAUUAGUACCAGAUUAUGAGCAUAAUGAAGAGUUUUUGAAGCAAGUUCAUCACACACUAUUUGAGGUGGAGGUUGUUGCUGGAGAGCUUGUGUGCCCUGAAACAGGCAGGAAGUUCCCAAUAACCAAUGGCAUUCCAAAUAUGCUUCUGAAUGAAGAUGAAGUCUGAGUGAAGAUGAAGUUUGUAAUAUUUUCUGCCAUCACAUUUGGCCACCUUGUGUCAUUUCUUCAGAAACCAUCUCAUAUUUGUAAAUAAAGUAAAAAUGAACUUAAAACGAGA